GCGUCCGGCCGGAAACUUGGCCCGCCGCGGCGGCAGCGUUCCGGCUGGGACUCCGCGGGCGAGAGGAGAGCUUCAGUGGCUGAGGCGAUGGGGGCGGCGGGCGUAGGGCUGGUGGACUGUCACUGCCACCUCUCCGCUCCGGACUUUGACCGCGAUCUGGAUGAUGUGUUGGAGAAAGCCAAGAAAGCCAAUGUUAUGGCUCUUGUGGUGGUUGCUGAACAUUCAGGAGAAUUUGAAAAGAUCAUGAAGCUUUCAGAAAGGUAUAAUGGGUUUGUCCUGCCAUGCUUGGGUGUUCACCCAGUUCAAGGAGUUUCACCAGAAGAUCAAAGAAGUGUCACUUUAAAGGAUUUGGACGUAGCUUUGCCCAUUAUCGAGAAUUAUAAGGAUCGAUUGUUGGCAAUUGGAGAGGUUGGACUAGAUUUCUCCCCUAGAAUUGCUGGCACUGAUGAUCAGAAGGAAGAGCAAAGACAAGUCCUAAUCAGACAGGUCCAGUUAGCCAAAAGACUAAAUUUGCCUUUAAAUGUUCACUCACGCUCAGCUGGAAGACCCACCAUCAGCCUCUUAAAUGAGCAAGGUGCUGACAAAGUGUUGCUUCAUGCAUUUGACGGUCGGCCAUCUGUAGCCAUGGAAGGAAUAAGAGCUGGGUACUUCUUCUCAAUUCCGCCUUCUGUCAUUAGAAGUGGACAGCUUUCUCUUUCCUCUAAGAAGCAGAAACUUGUGAAACAGUUGCCUUUAACUUCAAUUUGCUUAGAAACAGAUUCACCUGCACUAGGACCAGAAAAACAGGUACGGAAUGAGCCCCAAAACAUUUCCAUCUCAGCAGAAUAUAUUGCCCAGGUGAAAGGGAUCUCAGUGGAAGAAGUCAUAGAAGUGACAACACAGAAUGCAUUGAAAUUGUUUCCCAAGCUUCGGCACCUGCUCCCGAAAUAGCUUGAAAACAAAAUCAACUGCAGGGCGCAGCAUUUGAGAAAAAUAAAUGUUCAAGCUAUUGCAUAGGGAUAUAGAAGAGUAUAAUUUUAGAGAAGUAUUUCUCUUAGAAGUACAACUGGGCUUGGAUCCUGAAAUCGUGGGCUCUGAUUCCAUCUUGCACUGCUGCUUAAUUAAUGGAGCCCUUGCAGGAGAUUGUGAAACACCACCGCUUCUUACCUUGCCCCUUUAAAUAGAACCAUCAUGUGAACUGAAACCAUUUCUUCUGGCAAGUGUGGCUUCCACUGGUAAGAAAUAAGUGCUACUGUGAUGGCCUGGAAUAGGUUAAAGUUUGAUCCUUCACCAUCUGUUUGACUUUCCACAGGAUUUAUCCAGUAAAAGGAGAGUGUCUAGUUUCCUAUACUACCAUAAAUCUUCUCUUUUCUGGGUUUGAAAAAUUCAACUUUUAGUACUUUGAAUUAUUUAUUUUUAAGAGAAAAAAUGUACAAGUCUUUUGUAUUGAUCUUAUAUUUUGAUCUGUGAAGCCAAUGGUUUGUACAAUCACCAUUAAAUACCAAACCCUAAGUUUAGUUAAUAAAUUGAUUUUAUGUUCCA